UCAACCCCUGAUUUUCUUGAGCCCAAAACACAAGUUGUUUCCAAUUAAAAAGUAAAACGCAAAUCUCUAGUCUAGAAUAAAUAAGAAGGAAAAAUUCAAAAUAAAAAAGUCUUUACACAGUACAUCUUAUUCCUCAUUCUCUGGCAGUUUGGUAUCCCACUCUGUCCAAAAUUUCUCCUCUUCCCAUACCUAUCUCCAAAAAAAAUCCUGAUUUUCAAGACCCCCUUUUUCUUCUUUUUUUCUUAACAAAAAACCACCAUAUGGGAGAUUACAGAUCAAAAUCUUAUGCUGAUGGUAGGAUGCAAAUUGAGAAAUAUUAUGAACCCCAAUUUAGUUCUAAUAAUUUGAAGUCUUACAGUGUUUCUUCAUAUGCAUCUACUGUUGGUGCACCACCUCUCCCACCUCCAACACAGUUGAAGAAAGGGAAGAGUACUAGCGGGUCAACUUCAAAGUCUUGGAGUUUCAAUGAUCCUGAGUUUCAAAGGAAGAGGAGAGUUGCUAGUUAUAAAGUUUACUCUGUUGAAGGCAAGGUUAAAGGUUCUUUGAGGAGGAGUUUCAGAUGGUUUAAAGACAAGUAUACACAGGUUCUCUAUGGAUGGAGGUUUCAAUUUACCUCUAUAUUCAUUUCUUAUGUGCGUGAUAGUGUAGAAUUUUCAUACACGGGUGUGUUCGAUACGAAGGAAAGUGUUUUUCAUGAAAAAUGUUUUUUAGGAUGUUUUUUUUUUUUUUUGCGUUCGGUACAGAAGAAAAAAAAAAUAUUCCUAAAAACAUUUGUGUAUAAUCUAGAUAAAAUACUAUGGAAGGUGGAGGUGGAAGGUAGGGGUGUGUGGUGGUGGAGAUGGGGCUAAGGUGGUAGGGUUGAA